UGAGAUUGUUGUUAUGGUUCAUUGGAAUGGCUCUACAUUUCAAAAAGAUAAUGAAAUAGAGUACUCCAUACCUCCUAGGGCGGUACUAUUCAUUAGUGAAGAAGAUGAUUUUACCAGUAUACACGAGACUGUUCUAAACCGUGUUACAGGUGAGGGAUUUUCCAAAAUUAGAUUAAUUUAUGGAAAAUUGCCAAAAUAUAAGAACUCGGUAUAUGUUGCGUCUAGACUAUGGCCCAUUCAUGAUGAGAAGACAUGGACUCAUUUUUUCCGAAUCGCUAGAAAUGAGUACGAUGAGUUGCACAUUUACGUGGAAGCUAUAGCGACUCAGCCACAAAACUUGACGUUCCACGAAGCUCCAACAAAUAAUACGGCUAUGCUUCAAAAUAGCGGAGCGGGACCAUCAUCAGUAUAUGGCCGGAGAAACAACCCCCAAACGUUUGAGAAUUCCGAAUCUCCCGUCACAAACUUGGAUGAAGAGUCGGACGACCCAGAUUAUGAACUGGUUUAUAGUAGUGAAACUGAAUCGUCCACGAGCGAUGAUAAUGAAGAGGAUAGAAGAACCAUACUAUGAACUAGUAGAUUCUGAGCCAGAAAGGAUCGAAAUCGGCGCGAUUUAUAGUUCAUAUCAUGCACUCAAAGGGAUGGUGGCGAGAGAAAAUAUUCGCCAAUUUCAAGUUUUCCAAUCGGUAGACAAAUGACCGCGGUCUUGGAAGGUGGUCUGCAUCAACCCUAACAUUUGCACUUGGCAUAUCCAAGCUGGGGAACUUCUGAAUUCCAAAAAGUGGAAGGUUAAAAAAUAUUAACCCCACCCCAGCUGUAGGGAGGAUCCUACCAUGGCUCCGUAUGAUAGGAUCCUAACGGCCAGGAUCAUAGCAGCCGAGAUCGCUCCGAGAUCGGCCCGGACUACAACAUUAAACUGAUAAUGUCAGACAUCUAUGAAAAAUUUAAAAUCCGUGUUGGAUAUAAAAAAGCUUGGUGUGGACGGUUGAUUGCUCUGGAAUGUAAAUUCGGCAAUUGGGAGGCGUCAUAUAAUGAACUACCUAAGUUGUUGGAAGCAAUACGAUAUUCAAAUCCAGGGAGUGUUGUUCAUCUCCAAUCACUACAAAUCGGCAUUCCCGAUACGUUACAAUUCUUCCGAGUGUUCUGGUCAUUCAAAGCUUCUAUUGACAGUUUCAAAUAUUGUCUACCUGUAGUCUCGGUUGAUGGCACUCACUUAUACGGAAAAUACCAGGGGGUUCUUCUAGUUGUAGUAGCCAUGAACGCUAACCGUGAGAUAUUUCCUCUUGUAUAUGCUGUUGUUGCGAGUGAAAAUGCUGAAAGUUGGUCGUGGUUCUUUGAAAGAGUUAUGUCUGAUGUGGUUGGAAGUGAUCGUAGAGUGUGCAUAAUCUCCGAUCGGAUUUUCCAAUUCCGACAGGAAGCCCUAACCCCUAAACAAUGCCCUAACCCCUGGUCGGAACACAGAAAUCCGACUCCCGCAUUUUGGUAACCUAAUUCCAAUUCCCGUAUUUUGGCAUGUCAAACUCCAAAGUCCCGCAUUUUGGUAAUUUCCUCUGGUAAGUUUCUUACCAGAGGAAACUUUAUUGAUAUUUCUUGAACACGGUGAAAAACCCAUCUAGCGAGCCUUGAUCGAGACUGAGCCCGGAAGAGACAUACCUCCAUCCACUAACUUAUGAAGCUAACAUCCUGGUUUUGGAUUAUUUGCAAAACUGAAACAUGGAAGAAAAGAAAAUCAGCCACUAAAAAUAGUCCUCAGCAAGCUAUAUGGAGUAUAUGAGAUAGAUACAAGUUGCGCUGAAUUCCAAUGUGGUCAAUUCAAGCCAGCUUCAAUCGAGCCAUUCUAUUAACUUGAAAACUAGUAUACUAGAUACGAUAAGAAGUUUUUCGCAUUUCCUUUUCCAAGUGUCUCGAAAUAUCAAUUUAUUUUUUUUAUUUAUAUAAACAGAAAUAUAUUAUUGGAAUAUCACAAUAACCC